AUGGAUUCGCCAAGGAGAAAUCGGAAUCGCGCCGCAUGCCGCCGCUGUCAACGACGGAAGAUCCGCUGCGAUGGACAAAGUCCUCGCUGUGGGGCAUGCCAGAAGGCCAGCACACCCUGUAUCAAUGAUGGCAAGCAGCUUGUUCAGCGCUCGUAUAUCGCGAGCAUGGAGAAACGAAUACAAUGGCUGGAAACACUAGUAAAAGAAUGUUGUCCAAAUGUUGACUUGGGCGACCAGCCCACAGACAACCUUGCCCAAGAGGAAGAGCCAGUCCUGAUUGAGGAAACGUCUAUCCUUAGUCCUCAGAGAGAGCUUGCCGCAAGCGAGGAACAAGGCUCGGGGCAAAGCAGACAGCAAUACCAAAGUGGGCCACAUCAUCCAUUACGCUCUAUUUCUCGGAUGGAAUCUCGGCAAGCCCAUGAGAUAGGACUUGUCUCGCUCUCCCCCGGAGGCGAACCCCGCUAUAUUGGGCCUUCAAGCGGAUAUUUCUUUGCCAAUCUCGUAUUCUCUAGUGCUGGUCGGCAUCAGAAGCGACGAAACGCUGCCAAUGAUUCUGCGGGCUCACUUUCAGGAGAGUCGACCACUCUCGCAGCAGAGAUUCUUCAUACGCCCGCUUCUUUGCCCCCGCGACGGGAAACUGCUGCCGAAUUGUCAGCUAAGUACUUCGAAACCAUCCACAUCAUUUAUCCCUUUUUGCAUCAGCCAUCACAUAUGAGCUAUAUAGAUCAAAUGUACUCGUCGGAGGAUGUCAGCCCAAUAGUAGCCUUUCAGGUGUAUAUGGUCAUGGCUAUUGCUGCCACCGAUCUUUCACGGAGAUCCAAAGUUCGCCUGCCUGCUGAGGGCUAUUAUGCUACAGCAAUGCAGCAUUUUAGUAAUAUGUCUCCUGAUGGAACCUUGGGUGGGUUGCAGUCAUUGUUAUUGCUCAUGGUGUAUGGAUUCCACAACCCAUCCUGUGGAAUCAAUAUAUGGAACCUCAACUACCAAUGCCUAGCUUCUCUUAUCGAUUUAGGCCUACAGCGGGAUAUACGAAACACACCAUCUCUGAAGAUCUCCCUGUUGGAGCAGGAAAUGAGAACCCGGGUUUUCUGGGUGGUGUAUACGUUUGACCGAACGAUAGGGACAAUGAUGGGGCGACCGGUGGGUAUCCGGGACGAAGCGUGUGAUCUGCGUUCACCUUCUCAUAUAUCUUUUGGCAUACACUUAUUCAAAGCCGCCAGACUAAAUUCCGAGAUCAAGUAUGUCAUGCACAGUAUAUCUCGGGAGCCACCAGCCUACGCCUACCCACCCAUUCGAGACAUAUUCAUUUGGCAAAGGGAGAUGUUGGAGCGUCUGCAGACCUGGAAGGCCGAGACACCACAUACUGAUAAUAUCAACAAUAUGAGCGCCAAGCUCUGCGAAAUCAAAUAUCAUGAGAUGAUGAUACUGGUCUUGCGCCCCAGUCCAGCCAUUCCAGAUCCAUCCGAAGAUUCUUCCAUCUUAUGUUUCAGACACGCGAUGGAGCUGUUGGAAAGCUUCAGAGAGCUGUAUAAGCAUGACUCCCUGCAGUAUAGCCGGCUGGUUGUCCAUUCUAUUCUUCUGGGCACACUUGUGGUGCUUCACAGCAUUUGGAAGUUUCCUGAUAUCUCGACAAACUUACAAAUAGAUGAGCUGUCCAAAAAUAUAACUACUGCUCUCAAUAUUCUGAGCAGUAUCGGCGAAUAUUGGCUUGAAGCCCAGAGGGCUAGGGACUGCAUCGAUGAUAUCUCAGGUGUGACUAUGAGGCGACUCUUGAAAACUCGAGCUUCAGGGGAGUCAACGGCUACCCCACGGCUUCGUUCAAGAAUACGGACUACGAAUAAUAUCAAACAAAGCCCUAAUCUCUCUUCCCAGUUGCCUUUGGGACAAAACGCAACAAACCAGCAACAGGAGCUUAUAGACUUGGAUACAAAUCCUGCCGGCUUUGGUGAUUUCAACACAGGGUUUCCGGACGCUACACUUGAACAAUCGGACUCACUACAACUGUUUGGGGACUCUGCAUUUGAGGAGACGUUUGGAUUGACGGGUGUGCCGGAUUUUGAUGGUCUCAUGUGGGAGCUUUUCAAUCUUUCGUGA